AUGAGCGACUGCAAGGCGUCGCAGCCCAACCGACACCAGUUCUCGACUCAUACCAAGCACCGCCAACGUGAAGUUCUCCAUGGCGCGAAGCUCAGCAUUAUCGGUGCCAAGAUGGAGGAUGAGGACGUGGCGAUCUGCUUGUUGUGCAGCCUCCCCAAGAGCUACGAGAACGUCGUUCUCAACUUGGAGAUGAGCAGCGCGGAACUGCGAUCGCGAGACGUCGUGAGAGUGCUCACGAAUGAGCUCAUCACGAGGAAAGGUGACAAGACGACAUCGGUGAAGACUGAAGACGCGGCGAAGGCCCAAUGCCGAGCGUGA